UUUUCGGAUAGAGAAACGACUGUAAACAAAGUACCCCAACCCAAAACAAAAAUAGUGGAGUUUGUAAGCCCAAUCCCACUAGCCAAAACUUAGCUAAGCAUUCUCUUUGAAAUGCCUCUGCCUCCUUCAUGCAUUUUCUAGGAAGAAAGCCAAGACUUGGCUUGGCUAAUUCCUCCUCCUCUUUGAAAUGCCUUUGCCUCUGUCAUGCAUUUUCUAGAAAGAAAGCCAGGACUUGGCUAAGCCCUCCUCCUCUUUGAAAUGUCAUUGCCUCCGUCAUGCAUUUUCUAGAAAGAAAGGGCAAGACUUGGCUAAGCUCUCUUUGCCAUGCAUCUUCUUGGAAGAAAGCCAAUAGACUUAGCUAAGCCCUCCUCUUUGAAACUUCUUGGCCUCCAACGUGCAUCUAGAAAGAAAGCCAAGACAUGGCUAAGCCUCCCCUUUGAAAUUUCUUUGCAUCCGAGUCUCUGACGUCAUGCAUUUCUAGAAAACCACGACUUAGCUUAGGACCCUCCUCUUUGAAAAUUUCUUUGCCUCCGCCAUGCAUCUUCUAGGAAGAAGGCCGUACGCGUUUGGAGCUGCGGAAUUGUUGACAAGUUCUUUUGAAAUUAUAAGGGUGCGGUAACUUCUGCGCUAAGUUAUCUGUGUCUAUAAAAAAAAAACUGUUCAUUUUUUAAUUUUUUCCAUUAUGAGUUUUUCCAUUAUUUAAUUUUUUCCAUUGCAUCUCUCUUUGCUCUUAUUCUCUGCACUUACAAUAUUUCAAGGAGAUCAGACGUAGAUCGACAGCAGCCGCCAUGACGAAAUUCGAUGAGAUACCGCACCCGAGCCACCCAGAACACAAGCUGGAGCAGAGAUGGACAAGGAAGCUGUUCAAGUGCAACGGGUGCAAUGAGCCAGGCAUAGGUUCACACUACACGUGUCCCCAAUCCUCAUGCAGCUUUGAUCUGCACAUGUACUGUGCCAUUCCCUUGGGCCUUUUCCACCACCCCUUCCAACGCGGUUGCAGCUUCCAACUCCUCCAAAGCCCACCGGAGAACACUCGCAGCUGCAAUGCAUGCGGGGAGAAAGGAACGGGGUUCGUGUACCAUUGCAAAGGCUGCAAGUCCAACCUCCACCCCUGCUGUGCUAAGCUGCCCAUGAAGCUCGAGGCUGGAGAUGUCAACCUCUAUUUGUAUGAAAAAGUGAAAAAACCGUGCCAAGAAUGUGGAUAUAAAGGGAAGGGCUGGAGUUAUAGGUCCGUGGACAAGAAAUGUUAUCUGCAUGUGGCAUGUGCGAAGAAAUUGAUAGCAGAAAAAUGGCUACAUGGCUCGGGACAUGGUGAUGAUUUGCAGACCACAAUUCCAAACCUCAACAACAUGAUUCAAAAGUACCAUCAACCUAAAGGGAAGCUGAAGAGGUUCGCUGAGAUUGUCCGGUUGGUUUUGCAGACGGUGAUAUCAACUCUGCUAGGUGAUCCAACGGCUUUGAUUGCUGGAACUGUCAAGUUGCUAUUGACAGAUGAUUGACUUGGUCAAACCUAGUUGAAUGAUUUUGUUUUGUUUUAUUUAUUUGUUUAUUUUUGUAAGUGAUUUGAAACUUUAGAACUAGGGGAUAAUUGUGUGUGAUUUCGUAAGAAAUCUCCUUCCCUUGUAAUUCAACUAUUAGCUUGUACUAGUGACUUUACAACUAGGGAAUAAUUGUGUGAUAUUGUGUAAGAAAUCCCUUUUCCUCGUAAUUCUACUAUUAACUUGUACUAGCGACUUUAAAAUUAGGGAAUAAUUGUGUGUGAUUGUGUAAGAAAUCCCCUUCCCUGGUAGUUUGAUUAUUAGCUUGUACUAAAAACUAGGGGAUAAUUUUUUUUGUAAUUUUCUUAUUUGUUAGGGGGGUUUGAAUAUAGACCCAGUUAAUAAAUAAAAUAUUGCGACAAAUCCUUCUAUUACA